AUGGCAGACUUUAAGGAACUGCGAGCAACACUCCAGAGAACUGCCAUUAAUUUUAUUGAUCGCUGCAAUGAACACACUGUCGAUGCUGUCCUCUCUAUCCGUACCGACACCUGCAAGCAUACACACCUCCCCUCAUCACUAGGCAUCGGAACCUACACCAACGUAGAAUACGGAGCAUUCUACGGCCGAUUUGCCGACAUGAUGAAAGACUGCACCUGCUGGAUAGUCGAUGACAAAGAGAUGGUUGUCGAUGUCGAGUCUCGAAAGGUAGUGAUGCAUGUGAAAAACAAGGGGAGCACUCCGCUGGGAGAGUACGAGAACGAAUACAUGUUCAUUUUGACGAUGACUGGUGAUGGGAAGAAGAUUGAGGAGAUAAUAGAGUUUUGUGAUUCAGCAAAGGCGAUUGAACUCAUGAAGAAACAUCAAGGCCAAAUGAAUGCUUAA